AUGAGAGGAAACAACGAGGAAGCUGAUUGGCUAGAAGGUGAGGACCUAUGUACGUACGUAAGACUCGUGCUAAUUGGUCAGAAUAAGGACGUACUGACACAGUUUGAAACGUCAAAGGUCAAAGGAUCGGUGACGGUAUUCAACGAAGCAUUCCAUUUCAACGUUCCUCUAUUCCAGUUGGACGCCAUGACACUUCUGGUUGGCGCGUUCGUAGACAAGAUGGCGGUGCCCGCCGAUCUGAAAAGGAAGAAGAAAUGCAAAGUUUUGAUUGGCUGGCUGGCUUUUGGAUCCAGCGUGGAUGAUGAGAUGUGCAAGGAGAGUUGGAUGGAGCUGGGGCGGAAGCAGGACGACGUAGGUGGUGGUGGUGGUGGUGGUGAGGGUGCUACAACGUGGUACAAAUUAAUGAGACCCUUGUGA